CGCAGCCGGGCGCACCCCGUCCCACAGCCGGCUCCAGCCGCUCCGCAAGCCCUUGUGCAUCCGCCGCCGCCUGCAGCAGGAGGAGCAGAGGUGGGAGGAGGAGGAGGAGGAGGAGGAGGAGGAAGGCGGCAGCCCGCCCGCAGCGGGGCACGCACGUGUGCGCGCAGACCUCGACGGCCGCCCUCCAGCAUGCUGCUCGGAGCCGCGCAGGGCAGAGCGCCGGAGAGGAGCUGAUCGCUGCGGCGGGAGAAGAGCAGAGGGGAGCCGGAGCGGCUCCGCGGAAUCACCCGUGCGCCCGUCCCGUCCGACCCGCACGCAGUCCGCCGAGGGAGCGGCGGUCCCGCAGCAUGGGCGGCCGCAGCCCCCGCGCUGCCGCCGGGCCCCGCCGCGCCGCUGUCCUGGUGCUGCUGCUGGGGCGCCUCGCUCUCUGCCUCGCCGUGGAGGGAAAGAAAGUUUGUCAAGGGACAAAUAACAAGCUGACCCAGCUGGGACAUGUGGAAGACCAUUUCACCAGCCUGCAGAGGAUGUACAACAAUUGCGAGGUGGUACUCAGCAACCUGGAGAUUACAUAUGUGGAGCACAAUCGUGACCUCUCUUUCCUGAAGACAAUACAGGAGGUUGCAGGCUAUGUGCUCAUCGCCCUUAACAUGGUGGAUGUCAUUCCCCUCGAAAACCUUCAGAUCAUCCGAGGCAAUGUGCUGUAUGACAACUCUUACGCCCUGGCUGUUUUAUCCAACUACCACAUGAAUAAAACACAGGGACUCCGACAGUUGCCAAUGAAGCGGCUUUCAGAAAUUCUUAAUGGAGGUGUUAAAAUCAGCAACAACCCCAAACUGUGCAACAUGGAUACUGUUCUUUGGAAUGACAUCAUCGACACAAGCAAGAAACCUCCAACAGUGCUUGAAUUUGCAAGCAACCUGUCUUCUUGUCCCAAAUGCCAUCAGAACUGUACAGAAGACCACUGCUGGGGUCCUGGUGAACAAAACUGCCAGACAUUAACAAAAGUCAUCUGUGCUCAGCAGUGCUCUGGGCGGUGCAGGGGAAAGGUGCCCAGCGACUGCUGCCAUAACCAGUGUGCCGCGGGGUGCACCGGGCCUCGGGAGAGUGACUGCCUGGCAUGCCGCAAGUUUCGGGAUGAUGCUACGUGCAAGGAUACAUGUCCCCCAUUGGUCCUGUAUAACCCCACCACUUACCAGAUGGAUGUGAACCCUGAAGGAAAAUACAGCUUUGGAGCCACUUGUGUGAAGGAAUGUCCACACAACUACGUGGUAACAGACCAUGGCUCCUGUGUUCGCUCAUGCAACGCUGAUACUUACGAAGUGGAAGAAAAUGGUGUUCGGAAGUGUAAAAAGUGUGAUGGGCUAUGCAGCAAAGUGUGCAAUGGCAUUGGAAUAGGUGAACUUAAAGGGAUCCUCUCCAUAAAUGCUACAAAUAUCGACUCCUUCAAAAACUGCACCAAGAUCAAUGGGGAUGUCAGCAUUCUCCCAGUUGCAUUUCUAGGUGAUGCCUUCACGAAGACCCUACCUUUGGAUCCCAAGAAACUGGAUGUCUUCAAAACAGUCAAAGAAAUAUCAGGAUUUUUGUUAAUUCAAGCCUGGCCUGAGAAUGCUACUGAUCUCUAUGCUUUCGAAAAUCUGGAGAUUAUACGAGGCAGAACAAAGCAGCAUGGCCAGUAUUCCCUUGCCGUUGUUAACUUGAAAAUACAGUCCCUAGGGCUGCGCUCCCUCAAGGAAAUAAGUGAUGGAGAUGUUGCCAUUAUGAAGAACAAGAACCUCUGCUAUGCUGACACCAUGGACUGGAACAGCCUGUUUGCAACUGAGAGCCAGAAAACGAAGAUUUUACACAAUAGAGAUAAAAAUGAGUGUGCUGCUGCCAAGCAUGUUUGUGACCCCCUGUGCUCAGACGUAGGCUGCUGGGGCCCAGGGCCCUUCCACUGCUUCUCCUGCAGGUUUUUUGAUCGUCAGAAGGAAUGUGUGAAACAGUGCAACAUCCUGCAAGGGGAGCCAAGAGAGUUUGAAAAGGACUCCAAGUGCCUCCCCUGCCACCCUGAGUGCCUGGUGCAAAACUCCACCAUGUACAAUGCAACCUGCACUGGACCUGGCCCUGACAAUUGCAUGAAGUGUGCCCAUUUCAUAGAUGGCCCUCACUGUGUGAAAUCCUGCCCAGCAGGGGUUCUGGGUGAGAAUGACACCCUCGUCUGGAAAUAUGCUGAUGGGAAUAAUGUUUGCCAGCUCUGCCAUCCAAACUGCACCCGGGGGUGCAAAGGGCCAGGUCUUGAAGGCUGUCCAAAUGGCUCCAAGAUCCCCUCUAUCGCCGCCGGUGUUGUCGGAGGGCUCCUGUGCCUGGUGGUGGUGGGCCUGGGCAUCGGCCUCUACCUGCGGAGACGCCACAUCGUCAGGAAGCGCACCCUGCGCCGCCUGCUGCAGGAGAGGGAGCUUGUUGAACCACUGACACCCAGUGGGGAGGCACCAAACCAGGCUCAUCUGAGAAUUCUAAAGGAAACAGAAUUUAAAAAGGUCAAAGUUUUAGGCUCUGGAGCUUUUGGCACUGUUUAUAAGGGACUUUGGAUCCCAGAAGGAGAGAAGGUUAAAAUUCCUGUUGCUAUUAAAGAGUUGAGAGAGGCUACAUCACCAAAAGCCAACAAGGAAAUACUUGAUGAAGCUUACGUGAUGGCUAGUGUUGACAAUCCUCAUGUGUGCCGCUUGUUGGGAAUCUGCCUCACUUCAACUGUUCAGCUUAUCACACAGCUGAUGCCUUAUGGCUGCCUCCUGGAUUACAUCCGAGAGCACAAGGACAACAUCGGCUCGCAGUACCUCCUCAACUGGUGUGUGCAGAUUGCAAAGGGAAUGAACUAUCUGGAGGAACGGCGCCUGGUGCACCGUGACCUUGCUGCCAGGAACGUCCUUGUUAAGACUCCUCAACAUGUGAAAAUCACGGACUUCGGGCUGGCAAAGCUGCUCGGUGCAGACGAGAAGGAAUAUCAUGCUGAGGGAGGCAAGGUUCCUAUCAAAUGGAUGGCAUUGGAGUCAAUUUUACACCGGAUUUACACUCAUCAAAGUGAUGUCUGGAGUUAUGGUGUGACAGUUUGGGAGCUGAUGACAUUUGGUUCCAAGCCGUAUGAAGGGAUCCCUGCCAGUGAGAUCUCUUCUGUCCUGGAGAAGGGCGAGCGUUUGCCGCAGCCCCCCAUCUGUACCAUCGAUGUGUACAUGAUCAUGGUCAAAUGCUGGAUGAUCGAUGCAGACAGCCGUCCCAAGUUUCGUGAGCUGAUAGCUGAAUUCUCAAAAAUGGCCCGUGACCCUCCACGCUAUCUUGUUAUACAGGGAGAUGAUAGGAUGCACCUGCCCAGCCCUACGGACUCCAAGUUUUAUCGCACCCUGAUGGAGGAGGAGGACAUGGAGGAUAUAGUGGAUGCAGAUGAGUACCUCGUGCCACACCAGGGCUUUUUCAACAGCCCUUCAACGUCUCGCACUCCUCUCUUGAGUUCAUUGAGUGCUACCAGCAACAACUCUGCUACAACCUGCAUUGACAGGAAUGGGCAGGGGCACCCUGUGCGGGAAGACAGCUUUGUCCAGAGGUAUAGCUCAGACCCAACAGGUGCUUUCUUGGAGGACAGCCUAGAUGACAGCUUCCUACCAGCCCCAGAGUAUGUAAACCAACUGAUGCCCCAGAAAGCAUCUGCCUCAGCAGUCCAGAAUCCAAUCUACAACAACUUCUCUCUCACAGCAAACUCAAAGGUCCCCACAGACUCCAGCUACCAGAAUUCACAUAGCACAGCUGUGGACAACCCUGAGUAUCUCAACACCAACCAGUCUCCCCUGACCAAGACAGUCUUUGAGAGCUCUCCCUACUGGAUCCAGGCAGGCAACCACCAAAUAAACCUGGACAAUCCUGACUACCAGCAGGACUUCUUACCGAAGGAAACCAAAUCUAAUGGUCUCUUGAAAGUUCCUGCAGCAGAAAACCCAGAGUACUUGAGGGUAGCAGCACCAAAAAGUGAAUACAUUGAAGCCUCAGCAUGACCAUAGAGAAUUUCUUCUUGCAGCAAGGCAAGCUGGAUAAGUGAACUAUUGACUGCUGCAAGAGUAGACUCUGGCUCAGAGCAAAUGGCAACCACAAUGCAUCAAAAAGCACCUCUGCUUUUCAGCAUGGGGCUUUGAAACUGCAAAGCCUGUCUGAUGGUAGUUUGGGUCUUUCCUUACCCAUUUCCAUGUAAUAACUGAGGCCCAUAGCUUGCACUCAGAUGCAUGCUGGGAUGGAGCAGGAUCUUCCUGGACUGAAGAAAUAUGGAUGCAUUCCUUUCAUUUUCAAAUGGUAGCAUGGUAAAAAGCCACUCUGGGAUGAACUCGAGAACUGUACACAUUGUACAGUCAAAUUCCUUUCUACAUUCUGUAUUUUUAUAAAUGUUUCUAACAGAAGUUUUGGAUCUUUUACAAGAUCAGAUGCUUGUACUGCUCGUCUGCUAAGUGUUGCUCAGAUCACCAGCAGAGAAAAGAAUUAUGUUCCAAACCUCCUGGAACUGAAACUGUUAUUCCAAGCCACUAGAUUUUUACAAAUUGGCUCCAUAUACUGCCUUUUGGCCCAAAGGUGAGAAGUGCAUCUGAGGGACGUGUGGGCAGUUCUGCCCAGGGCAGUAUGGAGUGGAUUGGUCUGGGGAAAAGUAGCACAAGGAGCAAAAUGGCACAAUGCAUCACCUGCUGACCACUACUGCUACAAACUGACAAGAGGAACACACCUCCAAGUCACCUAUACAUGAUUAUAAAGUUGCUCACUAGUCUGUUUUCUGAUGGUCAAACCCAAAACUUUUUUUUGUUCUGAUCCCUUAUGCAGCUGUCAAGUUGUCAAAAUGCCUUUCUUCUUCAACAAAACUGUUAAAGAUGUUGCCGUAACUGAAAAAUGAAGUGUCAGAUAAUGUUUAACAGACUUCAAUUAAAUGUCAAGGAAAUGCAAAUAGUGGCAAAUUGGAGCACUCACGAGACAGACUGGAAGAACUACACUAAAUUAAACUUGACUAAGGCAAGAAACACAGGUAGUUCUGGCCGAGCAGCUUUAUUUCCCAUUUUAAAGGGACUCAAAGCAGAAAUCAUUUUCCCUUAUGCAUUUGGCAAAGAAAAGGGGUACUAUCUAAGCUGUACAUUUCACUCACUUCAAGGCAAAGUAAUAUCAAUUGUUGUCCCAGGCUGGGGCAGAGGCUGGGGCUGGUUACAUGUCCCUUUGGGGUUAAUAUUCUGGCAAUGCAGGAGGAGCAGUGAGAAUGAAUUAAGGAAAGAAAGAAUAAUCUAGAGUGAUGGAAAACAUUAUCUCCCUCUUCUGAAGCACAAGGUUACCUACUGCUUCUUUGAAAUAUGCAGCAUCAUCUUCUGGUUAUUAGUGUGGUAUAGGUAGGCAAGGCAAUGCUAAGAUUUUGGCUUGACAGUAUAAAUCAGUCACAGCAGGAAAAGCAGCUACUCUUUCUAGUGACCCAUAAAAUUAUUCCAUCACUAACAUUUCUUAUGAAUGUAGGAGGAAUAAAGUACCUAAAGUGUGAAUUUAGUCAGUCCUUUAGAUGCAUCCCACCAGCAGCUUGGCAGUGCUAUUUUAAUCAAACCACUAGAUCAGAAAGCAAAUUCUCAUUUGGGGACAAAGGCCCUUAACUAGUUGAAUGUUGGCAUCUUGCUUGAGGGUAGCAUAAGCAGCUGACUUGGAGAAGAUCUGUAGUCUAUAUUAAGUAGCAAGAAACAGUCAAAUUUAUGCUGCUGCUGUGUUUAGAAUACAUCAUUAUGUGUUUCGGUUUAGGUAUUGCAUCUGAAGUCCAGGAUCAAGCAGCAAAUCCUUAGAGCACUGUUUUUAGAGAUUUCCUGAGGAAAGGAAACCUUCAGUCAUGUGAAAUGAACCCUUUUUAAAGUAACAUGCAUUAGCAGUUUGUAUGUGUACAGCUCAUGGGUCCCACUACAGUACAGGGUGAAGUGGCAUGUUGGGUCAGAAUCCAGAGAUUGCUCUGUUUGGUAGAUGUGUCUCACCAUGACCAAGUCCCAGACACAGCAGUGUGGAAGAUGCAAUGUUUGACUUGGAUUAUCAGUGGCUUUUAUUUAAAACAGUAACCAAGAUUCAGUUCCCAUGUCCAAUUAGCAGCAGAUUUCUCCUUGCAUUCCUGGGAGCAGAUUUGUUGUGUUACUCUCACAAGUGUGCAACAUGUGCACACAGGCAGCGCUGCUUUCCCCCACCCACUGCCCUGGCAGAAAUGUACAUAAAACUAAAAAAAGAUCUUAACAGAAUUCACAGAUAAUUUUUCAGUUUGCUGAAGUUGUUAUGCCUCCAAGCAGAACACUAGAAAAUCACAUAGUGCAUAUUCUCCCACAGAAUCUUUCAAACACUACUGCACAAAGGAAUUUACUGAUUUUAAUCUGUUUAAUCUGUUAGCUAAAACAAGAAAGCCACUGAGAAAUAGCAUUAUGUAUCACCAGCAUUAUGUAGCAUGAAUAGAGGUUAAUGCUUGCCCUUUUAAAACAGUUCAGGAGGGAUUCAGUAGCAACUCAUUGCUAGAAACAAGGAGAUUCAUCUAAAAAUUAAGCAAAGUUUGAAAGAACAUCUCUCUUUGAAUGUCAUGUUUUUGAUGAAAAAAGUAGGAAAGAGGAUGUAGGACCACAAACUCUUGAUACAAAUGUAGAUUCCAGAUUGGCGGGAUCAACUAGUAUUUCUGGUACAUGGCAUCUUGUAAGCCAUGAUUUGUAAGUUGGCAGCUCAGUAAUGAUUCAAAAGCCAGCAAAAAAUAAAAACUAGGUAGUGCCUGCAGGGGCAGAUAGAGUGGCACUGGGAGCAGAUGGGACUGUGCAGCAAAUGGCUGUGGCUGGAAGCACAGGUGCUGUGCAGGGUGAUGCUCACAGGUAACAGAUAAUAGCAAUAUACCAAAUCAUUUCCACCAGGAUUAAAAAAAAAAAAAAAAAAAAAAAAAAAACAAAAAAACAAA